GAAAGCUCAUGGAAAAAGCUAAAAGCUUAAAAGCCUAAAGCUUAAAGAAAGCUGAUGGCAGAAAGCAAGAGCUUCUUUUCUUCAUCUUCUCUCCCCCACCCCCCUCUCUCUCUCUAUUUCUCUCUCUCUCUCUGUCUCUCCAUUCGCUUCUGUGAUCAGUAAAGCUGAAAGAAACUACUCCAAACUUCAACAGCUGUACAGGCAGGGAUUUCGAUUUUGUUGCUUCAACCCAGAUAUUAUUCAUCAAAACGCUAGAAUUCACCCAUGUUGGAAAACACUGCUGCUGCCUCCACUGCCCCAUCUUCUUCUUCCGAUGCAUUUACUUCCUUAGAGAAUGGUGUUUGUAAUAAAAGGAAAAGGAGACCGGCUGGGACUCCAGAUCCAGAUGCGGAGGUUGUGUCUCUCUCCCCCAAGACCUUACUGGAAUCGGACCGGUAUGUGUGUGAGAUCUGCAACCAAGGGUUUCAGAGAGACCAGAACCUUCAGAUGCACCGGCGACGGCACAAGGUGCCCUGGAAAUUGUUGAAGAGGGAGACACAGGAGGUUAAGAAGCGGGUGUUCGUGUGCCCGGAGCCUAGCUGCUUGCACCAUGACCCCUUACACGCUCUUGGCGAUCUGGUCGGCAUCAAAAAACAUUUCAGACGGAAGCACAGCAAUCACAAACAGUGGGUCUGUGAGAAGUGCUCCAAAGGCUAUGCUGUUCAAUCUGAUUACAAGGCGCACCUCAAGACCUGUGGUACCAGAGGCCACUCCUGCGACUGCGGUCGUGUUUUUUCCAGAGUAGAGAGUUUCAUCGAGCACCAAGACGCUUGCGCUGUCCGACAAGUCCGGCCUGAAUUACAAACAUUGCAGCCGGCCUGCUCGUCUAGAACGGCUUCGAGCACCAGCCCCUCCAGCGAUAACAAUUUCAGUAGAGUCCAGUUGCCAGGACUCACACUGCCCAAACCAGCUGAAACCGUCUUCUUAUGCUUGGAGCGGAAUAAUCCUUCUCCUUCUGAUCUGCAGCACAAUCUUGAGCUUCGGCUCCUACCAUCCCCGAACACGUACUCCUCGCGAAAUUCAGAUGAGAAUCAUGCCACUCAUUUGAAGCUCUCUAUCGGGUCAUGCAACAGCGGCGAGAUGAAUGAACCCAGAUGCGCCAGCGGUGAUGCAAGUAGGAGCUCUCCAAGGGAAAUGAAUACUGCAGAACCAGCAUUGGCGGCGUCAAGGUUGAAGGAACUGGCUAGUGAGCAGCUAAAGUUGGCUAUGGCCGAAAAGGCCUCUGCUGAAGAGGCCAGACGAGAAGCAAAGCGGCAAAUUGAAUUAGCGGAGCUGGAGUUUGCCAAUGCGAGGAGAAUCAGGCAACAGGCACAAGCCGAACUGGAAAAGGCCCAGAUUUUGAAAGAGCAGGCUAUAAAGAAAGUGAGCUCCACCAUUCUGCAAAUCACUUGUCAUGCUUGCAAGCACCAGUUCCAAGCAACAGCAGCCGGAGCACCGUCGGAUGAGACUUCACUGGCUAUGAGUUACAUGUCUUCGGCCCUAACAGAAGGGGAAGGAGAGUAAUAACAAACUGAUGGUGGAGUAAUCUUCCACAAAAAUUUCUCUCUUUUUACACCCAAUCCCUAUGGAUACCCUUGUUAAUUUGUGGCUGUUUUCUUUUAUCUCCUUAUAUCAAAUGGCUGUUUGACCAAAUGGUGUGAUGUUGAUCGAAUGAGUGUUUUAACCAGUUCUUUUGUGUUCAUCCGAUAUUUCUUUAUUGUUUAAUGGAAAGAUAGAAGACCAUCAUGGUUUGGCUUUA